GCCCGGCCGGUGUCUCUGGCUGACUUGACGCCGGUUGUGUGUCCGCGACACCGGAGAGCAGGAGCUGGUUCGUUUGCCUCGCCGGUGCUGCUGCAACACCUACAACCGACGGAGGAGAGCGGGCUGCCCGACGCGCGUCACGACUCGCUGUGGAGGAAUAUCGCGGCACCGAGCUGCUUUUACACAGUGUCACUUCUGUUCAGGCUUCAGGACUUCAGGAGCCUCUUCGCCAAUGGCGAGUCCGGUUUCAGACACAGGAGCGUCUCAUCAGCAGCAGCAUCACCCUGCGAGCGGCCGGGCGGCCGCAGACUCCGCGUUUCAGGAGGCGCAGAAAUGGAUCGAGGCUGUGACGGGAAGAUGCUUCGGUGACAAGGAUUUCAGAGGAGGUUUGGAGAACGGGAUUCUGUUAUGCGAGUUGCUGAGCUCCAUUAAACCUGGCCUGGUGAAGAAGAUCAACAGACUUCCCACACCCAUAGCUGGCCUGGAUAACCUCAGUGUGUUUCUGCGUGGCUGUGAGGAGUUGGGUCUGAAGGGCUCCCAGCUGUUUGACCCUGGAGACCUGCAGGACACGUCGACAGGCUCCACCACCAAGGGAAGCGACUGCAGCCGAAAACUCAAGAAUGUUCUAAUCACCAUCUACUGGUUGGGUCGUGCUGCCAACAGCUGUACCUCCUAUAGCGGGCCCACGCUGGACCUGAAAGAGUUCGAGGGCCUGCUGUCACAGAUGCGAAAGGAGGCGGAGGAGGCAGAGAGCCCUAAACGCAGCAUCCGGGACAGCGGCUACAUCGACUGCUGGGACUCUGAGCGCAGCGACUCUCUCUCCCCGCCACGCCACGGCCGCGAGGACUCCUUCGACAGUCUGGACUCCUUCGGCUCACGCUCACGACAGACCCCGUCGCCGGACGUCCUGGUCGCCCGCGGCAGCAGCGAUGGCCGUGGCAGUGACUCCGAGUCCGACGGAGCCCCCCACAGGAAGAUGCCAGACGUCCGAAAAGACGACAUGUCGGCACGGCGGACGUCGGUCAGCGAGCCUCGAACCGCCAUGCCCUUCAACCAGUACCUUCCCAACAAGAGUAACCAGAGCGGAUACGUGCCCACCCCACUCCGUAAGAAGAAGAACGAUAAAGAGGAGGGAGGACGCAAGAGCUGGAGUACUGCCACCUCUCCUAUAGGGGGAGACAGACCGCUCAGUCCAAAUGAGAUCCCUAGCUUAGACGCCCCACCUGGAGAGUCCCCCAGCCUGUCCCCCACCCUGCCCCUCCAACCCCAGAUACAGAUUCAGAGGGAGACCCAGGCUAAAAAGGAGGAUCCGGGGGGAGAGCAGACAGCUUCCACAUCUUGCAUUGAGAUCCAUGCGGCAGGUGUGAGGAGGAGCAGUGAGCCUCUGCCCUGUAGCCUCCCCCAGCCCGCUGCAGAGCCCCCCACGAAGACCGUGACUCACCUGAUGGUCACCUCUGAGCAAAGCACUCCGGCUCGCUCGUGCUCAGAGGAACUCUUCCACCAUUCGACGACUCUCACAGCAAACGCAGCCCACUUGGUUGCAACAAGCCCCGUCAUCACGUCUGGGAAACAUCCACCUGUGACGGAGCGGGAGGAGGAGGCAGUGUGGAAGGGAGACGACGGCGCCCUGUUGGUUGCAGAUGCAGAGCGAGAUCAGACGCUGAGCCUGACCGCUCCCAAACACGUCACCACCCCGAGUCCCUCCCACUUCCUUCCUGUCCCCGCUACCGUGGCAACCACUUCCACAGCAACAACUGAUACAGGUCGACGGAAGGGAAGGGCACGGAGUGAAAGUGAGGACCCACACGGAGGGGCAUCUUGGUUGGACAGCAGUCUCCCAGCAACGAGUGUGAGUAUGACCGACAUGCGUGGUGAGGAGGACGCCAUCUUGCAGCCUCACAGUCAGGUGCGUCAUGAACUGAUGCACAACCAGUACAACCAGAUGAAGGAAGAGGACGAUCACUGGCAGGACGACCUGGCCCGAUGGAAGAAUCGGAGGAGGAGUAUUUCCCAGGACCUAAUCAAGAAGGAGGAGGAGAGGAAGAUGAUGGAGCACUUGAUGACUGGAGACACCUGUACCUCCAUGAGGAGGAGAAGCAUCAAGACUUACAGAGAGAUAGUGGAGGACAAGGAGCGUCGAGAGGAGGAGCUGCGGAAUGCGUACAGGAGAGCCAGGACCCCAGAGGAGGCAUCAGCCAUCCUCCAGCGCUACGCCCAGCGUUUCUCCAUCAGUGAUGCAGUCCUUGAACGCCUACAGCUGCCGAAGCUGCUGGACCGCAGCAUAUCUGCUGAUCCCUCUUUCCCCUGCUCGCCCUACCCUCUGUCCCUCUCCCUGUCUGCCUCCCCAACAACCCCAGAUCCCUUCGACAUGGACCCCAACGGGCCCAUGAGGUAUCUGCGCCAGCAGUCCGCCCCGGCUCCGAAGUUCACGUCUACACUGGAGGCGCGAAUCGAGGAGUUUCCCAAAGACUCCUCACACCAGCGACCUCAGAUCCGCUCUCGCUCGUCUGAGCCGCCAACCACCCGAGGCCUGUCGCCCAAACCGGUGCCUUUGCUGACGCCCAAGCCUUACUUUCAGUCCCGACCCACAUCAGCUGAACCAUGGCCCAGCAAGGCCGAUGGUUUGCUCCGAGUCAACGGUGAUGUAGGAAGUGACGACGCUCCCACCACGCCUGAGAGUCAGGGAAGGGAAUCUCCUCCUCAUUUCCAGGCAUCUCCUUCCAAAACAAGCAACAGCACCGUAGACGCUCCGUCGUCAGCAGCCUCACCAGCACACAGUACACGUGUCUCCACCAGAGAGAGUCCAGUGUCCACCAAGUCUGAGGAGGCUCGAGCUGGAACAGAACCGACUGCUCAAGACGUCCAAGAAGAGAAAGUCAUGGAGCAUUCAACACCACCGAGCCGGCCCACCUCGCUGCCGUCGGAGCUGCAGAAGCCAGAAGACAGUUUUGGGAAGACUGGAAUCCAGUCAGGAGCUUCUGCAGAGGAGAAGACCAAUCCGAACCCUGCAGACGCCAAACAAGAACAGGAUGAAACUGAAGUGAUGACUGAGCUCCAGCCAGGAGUCAGCACACAGCAAAGUCAGCCAGUACCUGUACAGGCAAGUGUCCUUCCACCCCCGGAGCCGUCACAGGAAAGAGAGAGUCCACCGAGUUCAGCUGCACCAGGAACAUUUGAGUUCCACCCACCAGUAGAACCAGCAGCAGACUUUGCAAACAGUAUCAGGUCUCCGCUGGCAACCAGCAACCCUAAGUUACGCUGGGACUUCUUCGCUCCUCCAGAAGAAAUGGAGAAGGAGCUCCGUGGAAACGUGUCAGUCCCGGUGUUGCCCCAGGCCAGGCGGGGCGACCGCUGGUCUUGGGACCCGGAUGAGGAGCGAAAGCGUCAGGAAAGGUGGCAGCAAGAGCAGGAGCGCAUGCUGCAGGAGAAGUACCGACGUGAGCAGGAGAAGCUGAAGGAGGAGUGGGAGAGAGCACAGAGGGAGGUGGCAGAGGAGGAGAGGAAGUACCACGAGGAGGAGCGUAGGAUACUGGAGGAGACCGUGGCUCCUCUCACUCCGCGCUCCUCCGCCCUGCCCUCCCCCAGCCGAGGAGAGCUCACCUCCACCUCGGAGCCUCAGGGCACCAUCGUCCGCUCUCUGGCCGAUUGGGAACGCAAGCAGGAGAUGCUGGAGAGGCAGUCGAAGGCGAGCACAGAGAGUGUGGAAUGGAAACGGAGAGAAAACGACAGGACCAGUGACAUCAGCACCGCUGACGACAGCAUGAAAACAGGCCGAAGCCUGGCGAGUCAGAGCAGCAGUCAGCCAGAAACACUCGCUCACAGUCUGCAGAACGGCCAGAAACUUCCCUCGAUGACGGCCAAAUCCUCAACUCCAGCCCCCAAACAGCAGGAGCCCACAGGCGUCAGCAGCAAGCCCAGCCGGCCUGCAGGAGACAGGAGGACCGGGCCCAUUGAUAAUAACAUGGGCAGCUCAUCACACCCCACCGCAGCAUGUCCACCAGCUCCAGACACACUGCCUCCUGCACCCAACAGGUCUGUGAGUGGGAAGAAGCUGUGCUCCAGCUGUGGCCAGCCGCUGGGGAAGGGAGCAGCCAUGAUCAUAGAGACCCUCAGCCUCUACUUCCACAUCACGUGCUUUAAGUGUGGAGUGUGUAAGGGACAGCUGGGCGACACGACCACGGGGACGGACGUCCGGAUCAGAAACGGCCUCCUCAACUGCCACCAGUGCUACAUCCGCUCCCGCUCGGCUGGACAGCCAACCACUUUGUGACGCUCGCCAGAAAAGCACAAGGUUCAUGGAAGAAACCCUCCCAUCCCCGUUUUAAGCCGAUUAUCUGCAAAUCAUGUCCUUCACAGCGUGUCGAGAUCUUUGCAUCAGUAACCAAUGAAGAUUCAUCAUGGGGGCCAAACAGGGAUCUGGGCACAGUCUUUAAAAAAGAAAAAAAACAGUCUUCGUGUUUCUGUCAGUGAAUGUGGAUGUGAUUGGUCCACGUACGACCACAGACUGUUUCAUCAUGCAGCGAACACGAAAGAGGAAGAGAGAGGACGCUGCUCUGCGGUGGCGGCCAUGUUGAAAAGAAAACACUCACAUCCACAGACGCUGAGACAGCGACAGCGUGUGCUGCUGACGGAGAGAGCGCAGAGAGAGCGGAGUGCUCCGGCUCCAUGAGUAGAAUCACAUUCUGUUGAAAUGUGAAUAUUUACCAUUCAGUUCCAUAUGAUGGAAAUGCAGUGUAUCACAUAAAAUUGCUUUUUUUAUCAUUUAAGAAAUAUUUUCUUAAUUUGGAGUGAUCAGAAUCCUACAACCUGAAAGAUAACUGAAUAUGUGUUGAGGCAGCUCGGAUCGGAUCUGUUCUGAAAACUAUGAUUGAUGAACACCCUUCAAUCGAAUCAAAUAAAACCAUUUAUAGAAAAAGUGCAAUAAAGGAAGAAACUCACCAUCCACAGAGUGUACAGUAAUCCUCACAGUGACCUCGUCCGUCUCUCCUGUGCUGCUGAAUUGAAUUAGCUUCUAUAUUUAAACAUAUUAUGGAUGUAGUUUCAUCAUUAGGGCAAUAACUCGACUUGUGAGCUGUUUCUGUGCUUCUGGGUCACAGCAGGUAGCUCCUGCCAGCCUGUCCACUUGGAAAGUCAGGAUUAUAAUGUGCCUUAGGAAAGCAAGGUGAUGCAGGAAAACAAAGCACCAGCUGUUUGGUGUUUUAUUCUCUUUUUCUUUUUGUUUCUGGGGUGUACGGAGGGAUUCUGGCCAAAUUGGAACCCUUGAACCUGCAGACAGAGCGGCUGCAGCCCUCCUGUGCAUCAGCUUUACUUCAGUUGAUAACCUCUGUUUGUUUCACACAAACACUCCUUCAGCUCACAGCUCCCCUCUUUGAUUUGCAGUGAUAAGUCCAGAGGAAUACUGAUGUUGUCUGAGAGUAGAGUCGAUGCUGCGGGGGAAAUUUCAUUUCAAAUGUUGUUUUAUUCUAGAGUCAUAUAGACUUCUGUAUGCUAUUAAUUGAGGUAAUUUUGAUAAUUGCUCAGUGGUAGGAUUCAUUUCUAAAAGUAAAGCGCACCAGUACAUGUAGAGGUAACAUGAACACACAUACCAGCAGCAGCUGCAUUAUUUGGUUGGAUGAAACUAAAGAUCUGUGCCGCCGGCUGCACAUUUUAAGUUACCUGCUUCUUUUUUCUCUUUUAUUUUGACCUUGUAUGAGAAGAGCUCGGUUCUGUAUUGUGGAUGUUAAAAAAGAUGCACGCUUAAGCCUAAAACCAAAUGAUUUGCUGUAUGAAAGCAAACUAGCAGCCUCCUCCUCCUCCUCCAGCCGAGCUUCUCCUCCAGGUUCAUUUCUCUGAUCUACAGUAUUUCUAAGCUUCUGUUCCGAUUGUCUAUUUUCUUUUUUUUUUAUCCUCAUUUAGCUCACGAGUAACUCUCGGCUGAGUCUCUGUUAGCGGGAUGUUUGAGACGGAGCUCUGUAUUCAGACGGUCUUCUGAACAGGACAGUUGGGGAAUGAAACCUUUUACGUCUGUUCUGUAUUUAUUGUAAUAUUCACCUGAACACUAUCCGAAAAUAUAGAUUAAUUUGGUGUUUAAAUGCGAAUGCAUUUAUAGCAUACUGUAUGUUUAUAAAUAAAAUGUUAUACAUUAAAA